AUGUUACCUCUUUCAUCUUCCAUCGUUCUUUUUCAUUCUUUUUUUUCAUUCACUCAAUCCGCGGGCUUUCUUUUUGAUUUCAUUAUAUUUUACUUUACUUUUCUCUUUUUCUCUUUCAUUGUUUACUUUUUUCGUUACCUUUUUUCUCUUUAUUUUUUCUUUUUCAUUCAACUCUUUAUUUUUUCAUUAAAACUUCCUUUUAUUUUUCAAUAUUUCUUUUUACUCAAUACUUUUUAUUCUCACUCACCAGCAUUUUCUCUCCUUUUCUUUUCUUCUCUUUCCUUUUCUUUCUUUUCAUUACUUCUCUUUCCUUUUCUUUCUACAUUUUUCUUUCAUUUUUAUUCAUCUGUUUUCCUUCUCCUUUUUCUUCUUGUCUUUUUUUUCAUUCUUUUCCAGUUUCCUAUUUCUUAUUUGUUCUUUCUUGUUUUAUAUUCUUCCUCCCUCUUCUAUAUUUGUUCCUCUUUUAAUAAUCAUCCUCUCUCUCUCUUUCUCUCUCUCUCCUCUCUCUCCCCCUCUCUCUCUAUUUCUCUCUCUCCCCUCUCUCUCCCUCACUCUCUCCCUCCUCUCUCUCUUAAUAUGCCUGGACAUUUCUCACGCUCUCUCGCUCCUCUUUAUACCACUCCCUUUCUUUUAUAG